AAAAACAUUCAAUGUGGCUAAAAACCAGGCGUAUCAAUGAAGAUGGCUUUGCAAGUGACGUGCCCUUUAUGAGAUGUCAUCGUUGAUGUGUUUAUUUUGCAUGUGUUAGGAUUGUGACGUUUACAGAACAGAGUUAAUACAUGGAGAAUCUACUGUGAUGUUUUGUUGGCAAAAUAUAAAUAAGACUUAACUCUGUGGAAAAGUUAUUAGAUUAUCUAAAAAUGGGUGAAAUAAGCUGGCUGGAUAUCCUAUCAACAGCUGCAGUCACAACCACAGUUCUUCAAUUUCUCACUGGAUCUCUUGUUUGUCACAAAUACAUUCAAAAAAAGAGCACAGGUGAUAGCUCGGGCUUCCCAUUUGUUUGUGGUUUUUUAUCAUGUAGCCUGUGGCUAACAUAUGGAAAGCUGACAAAUGAAAGAUCAGUGGUGAUUGUCAACACAAUUGGUUCCAUGUUAUUCCUGUUGUACACCGUCGUCUAUUAUGUUUUUACAGUCAGCAAAUCGUCAUUUUUAAAACAGUUUUUCUUGGCACUGUUGACCCUAUUGCUGACACUUGGCUACGUACAAUACGAAACCGAUUUCGAUCAAGCCAGACAGGUCAUGGGACUCCUGUGCUGCUCGGUUUCGGUGCUGUUUUUUGCUGCCCCGUUGACAAUGCUGUUGCAUGUGAUCAGAAUUAAGAACGCAGAAAGUCUUCCAUUUCCUUUGAUUUUAUCAAAUUUUUUCGUUUCGUUGGAGUGGUUUAUUUACGGCUGUCUUAUAAAAGACACCUUCCUACAGAUAACCAAUUUCCUUGGAGGUGUUUUAUCUGGUGCCCAGCUACUUCUAUUCCUAAUCUAUCCGAGUCGGAUGAACUACGGUGGACCGAUUUACAAACCACUCGACCAGUCGAAUAUUUUUUAGAAUCACUUCAUUGACCUGCCUUAAUCGCCAGAAAGAAAAUUUUGCCAAAAUGUGAAAUGUGAUUUGCUUGAAUAAAAUCGGCGAAAUUUCUAAAAAUUUGUCGAAG